AUGGACCAUCUUCACAUUCCUUCCCUAGACUCACCCGCGCGAAGCCUCAUGGCAAUGCCGAAACAAGUUAGUACAGGCACUGAAACUCCUUCAAGGUCAACUUCCAGCACUCAAGACUCGUCCUCGUGUUCUCUCCCGUGCGGGGCAUUGGCAUUGGCCUUGGCAUUGCAACCAAGACGGAACUACACACGAGAAAUUGAAACGAGGACAUUGCACUUGCCUCCAAUCGACUCAUCGACAAGCAAGAAACUCGCACUUCCACCACUCAACUUUGAGGAUGACCUUCAAGAAGACGAGGGUGAAGAAACGAUUCCCACAUUCUCACUCAAGAGGAAACGAAGUGGUGUUGAAGCUCAAGAAGAUACCAUCAUUGCACCAUCAAGGUCCUGCAAGAAGCUGAUCUUUCGGCCUGAGGUAUCACCAUUUGACGAAUGA